AUAAAAACACUCUUUUCAUUACAACAUUUCUUCGACUCUGUCUCCACCCUUCUCAACGGCUCACCCUUUUCUCUCUCCUAAUUUUCAGCUGAGCAGCAGAGUUUGAGCUGAACUAUUUCAAGCUUUCCAACAAUGGCGGUUUCUCUUUCUUCUCUCUCUUCUCUCCUUCUUCUUCUCCUUUUCGUCACUCUCGUUGCCGCUUCUCGUACUGCUCCCAGGCUUGGAGAAACAGAGGAGUUGCAUAGCUUAAAGAACAGAACAAUGGCGGAAAAGUUGGAGGAGAUUGAUACAUUUAAUGAACAUGCAGUGGCUGACCCAGAAGAGGUUGUUUCUAUGGUUCACAUGAGUAUCCAGAACAGCACUCAGCGAAGGAAUUUGGGUUAUUUUUCAUGUGGGACAGGAAACCCCGUUGAUGAUUGCUGGCGUUGUGACCGCAACUGGCACAAAAACCGUAAGCGCCUAGCUGACUGCGGUAUUGGUUUUGGAAGAAAUGCCAUUGGUGGCAAGAAUGGUCGCUUCUACGUUGUCACAGACCCUCGUGAUGAUGACCCUGUCAACCCCAGGCCUGGGACUCUGCGUCAUGCAGUUAUCCAGGAAGAGCCUCUUUGGAUCAUAUUUAAGCGUGACAUGGUGAUUGAGUUGAAGGAGGAGCUUAUCAUGAACAGCUUUAAGACAAUUGAUGGUCGUGGAGCCAAUGUCCACAUUGCUAAUAGAGCUUGUGUUACAAUUCAGUAUGUGACAAACAUCAUCAUCCAUGGCAUUCACAUACAUGAUUGCAAACCCACUGGUAAUGCUAUGGUGAGGAGUUCCACUACUCAUUUUGGAUGGAGAACAAUGGCUGAUGGAGAUGGCAUCUCAAUCUUUGGCGCAAGUCAUAUUUGGAUCGAUCACAACUCCCUCUCACACUGUGCUGAUGGACUUGUUGAUGCCGUGAUGGGUUCAACUGCUAUCACCAUUUCCAACAAUCACUUUGCUCACCAUAAUGAGGUGAUGCUGUUGGGACAUAGUGAUUCUUAUGUGAGAGACAAGGCGAUGCAAGUUACAAUUGCAUUUAACCAUUUUGGUGCAGGCCUUAUGCAGAGAAUGCCAAGGUGUCGCCAUGGUUAUUUCCAUGUGGUGAACAAUGACUACACCCACUGGGAAAUGUAUGCAAUUGGUGGAAGUGCAGCCCCUACCAUCAACAGUCAGGGCAACAGAUAUGCAGCCCCAACCAACCCUUUUGCGAAAGAGGUGACAAAGAGGGUGGAGACAGCUGCAAACAAAUGGAAGGGUUGGAACUGGAGGUCUGAGGGAGAUCUACUGCUGAACGGUGCAUACUUCACCCCAUCCGGAGCUGGAGCCUCAGCUAGUUACGCAAGAGCCUCAAGCUUGGGAGCUAAGUCCUCUUCCAUGGUCGGAACCAUCACAGCAAGUGCAGGCCCUCUCUCCUGCCGCAGGGGUCGCCAAUGCUAGCCCUUAGUUACAACUCUGUUCAUAAGAAAAGAGUCCAAGUUUCCCUUUUUUUUUAUUUUAUUUUUUUUUAUUGUCCAUUUUUGGUUUUCCUUCCAUAGAUUUACCACAAUAUAGCAGCAUUGAUCCAUUAAGUCACCUUUACCUGAUUGAACCACUUUUCUACAGCUCACCGGCAAGUGUACAUUUUUUACACAUUGUCUCUAUAUAUGAUUUGAUUAAACCCUCACAUAUCCAUUGUCGAAUCAAUCAUAUAAUUGGAUUGAAGAAGCCUUUUAUAUCCAUUGUUGAAUCAAAUUUGUGUGGCUUUUUUUAUUUUCUCAACCUCGGCCUGCUUCAUUUCAGAAGAAAGAUUUCGCGAUGACAGCAAGGUCAGAAGCGUUGUUCCUUUCUUCUUUUGGCUUUUGAUUUACCCUUUCCUUUUUUGAAUUCCCUCCAAAACAAAUCAACCCUCUUCCUAAAUUUAUAACCACCUUUGCCUUUUUUUUCUGAAGUGUCAGGUUUCUACAGUUCUUUGUUUUUGAUUUAUAGGAAUUGGGAAAUGGUUUGUAAUCUUCUUUUUCUUUUCUCUUGUGAGUCCUAGUUACACAAGUACUAGUUUGAUUUGAACAAAAGUUACAAUUGUCAAGAAACAUUCAGAAAUUGAAUUGUGUGUUGCAGAAUGCAGAUCUUAGUCUAUCAGAAACAACCUCCCCCCCUCCCCUACCCCUGUGAUUCUCCUGCAUUGCAUCUUCAGACGGAAAUUUAUUAUUGCAAAUCUAACUCUGCCAAAGUAUGAAUACUUGGAAGCUCUCAUCUUUCGAAUUAUUGGUCUUAUCUCUCAAAGGCUGGUAGGAACCACACCAUUAAAGAGAAAAAAAUUAUUGAAGUCUUUUAACAGAACAACAGUCUAAUCAGAAGAGAAGAAAUACAUUAAUGGGUUCAAUUCCCCUGGCAUGUUAGUCUACCAUAUUAUUUCUGCCAAGUUAAGGAAAAAUGGAAUAAAUACCAUAGCAUGUGAGGUAGGUCCAAUAUGCUGCAUAUUUGCAUGUGAUUAGUCAAUGUGAGAUGAUUUUUAAGCCAUCAAAUUACAAGCUGAGGUUUCCCACUAUAAGUUUGUGAUUGUUGUAGUAAGAUCUAGUAUGAAAUUUAUGCCCCAACUUUGUGUCAGAUUAGACAAUUGGCCAAAUGUUCGAUUGAGUAACUUUGGACAAA